CCGGGCCGGGCCGGGCCGGGCCGGGCAGCGCCGCCGGGGCUCGCAGCAGCGCCCGCCCGGGUGCAGCCACUUGGAAGAUCAAGGGUGACACUCGGACGGGAGAACAGGAAGGGGCCUGCAGGGAGCUCUGCCUGCUCCUGGGUGGGAUUUGGCAGCCCUCAGUCACAGUCUGUCAUUGUGGGCCCCCGUGGGAGCCAGCAGCAGCUUGUGGUGGACCUGUGCUCGUGCCAUCUUAUGGUGGUGCCAGGGCCUCGCUGUGUGCCCAGGCAAGGUGAUGGAGAGCAGGGGGGAGAUGGAGGUGGUGAGGAGCUCCAAGGGCAGUGCUGCUGGGGAGGUCAGUGUCCACGUGGUCACCACCGAGAGCACGGUGCAGAGCACCCACCUGCCCACCACUGCCUUCAUCAUUCCAGCAAACGCCACUGCCAUCAACCUUCCCACGAGCACCUUAGAAAUCCAGCGAUUCCCCCGGGAGCCCCAGAGGAGCACAGGGGCCGAGAGGCCAGACAGGGGAGCAGGGAAUGAGCCCAUCACUGCUGCUGUCAUUCCCCAGAUCAGCGGGGUGCAGACCUGCAGCACAGUCCGUGUGCUGGAGUGGAAAGAUGGGGUGGCAACUUUGCCUGGGAGUAACCUGCGGUUUCGGAUCAAUGAGUACGGCACGCUGAAGGUGGUGAGUGCUGAUAAGCUGCCUCCUGUGGAAGCCGUGAAGGAGGCUCACACAGACAAAGAUGGGGACUCCGAGGUGGCACCCCCCAGCAGAGACAAUCCUACUGUGGCUCAGGACGUGCCGGAGCAGCCCGCGGCAGAGGGGCUGUGCCACUGCGAUACCUGCGGCCGCAGACACGUGUGGGACGGCGCCCGCGAGGGCAGGGGCUUCUGCAGCGAGCACUGCCACCAGCAGUUCAAAGAGAGGUCUGUCAUUGUGGAAAACUCUGCCAGCAGCACCAAUGCCACAGAAAUCCUCAAACCUGUGAAGAAACGAAAGAGGAAGGACUAUCAGAGCCCCUCGGAGGAAGAAUAUGAGUCUGAGCAAAUGGAGGAAAAGCAGGAAGAGAGGAAAAGCUCGGUGGAAGACUCUGCCAUGAGCAAUGUGGAGGCUGAGGCGUGGAACGGGAGCCAGCACGGUGCCAGUGAGGAGAAGAAAGAAGGCUGGUCUUGGGCGUCCUACUUGGAGGAGCAGAAAGCUGUCGCUGCCCCUUUAGAUCUCUUCCAGGAUUACCAAGUAGCUUCCCAGCACAAGAAUGGCUUUAAAGUGGGGAUGAAGCUGGAGGGGAUCGACCCACAGCACCCAUCAAUGUACUUCAUCCUGACAGUGGCUGAGGUCUGUGGCUACCGGAUGCGUCUCCACUUCGACGGCUACUCCGAGUGCCACGACUUCUGGCUAAAUGCUGACUCCCCUGACAUCCACCCUGCUGGCUGGUUUGAGGAGACAGGGCACAAACUCCAGCCCCCCAAAGGGGUUGUAGGUUAUAAGGAAGAGGAAUUCAGCUGGACAAACUACCUGAAGUUAACAAAGGCUCAGGCAGCUCCUAAGCACCUCUUCAUGGUCCGAAACACUCACGAGGCUUCUCCAGGCUUCAAGGUGGGCAUGAAGCUCGAGGCCGUGGACCGCAUGAACCCGUCCCUGAUCUGUGUGGCCACAGUGACUGACGUGGUGGACAAUCGCUUCCUGGUGCACUUUGACAACUGGGAUGAUACUUAUGACUACUGGUGUGAUCCCAGCAGUCCAUACAUCCACCCAGUUGGAUGGUGUCAUGAGCACGGCAAACCCCUCACACCUCCUCAAGAUUAUCCUGAUCCUGACAACUUCACCUGGGAAAAGUACUUGAAAGAAACUGGAGCAUCUGCUGUCCCAGCUUGGGCCUUUAAAGUGCGCCCGCCCCACGGCUUCCUGGUCAACAUGAAGCUGGAGGCAGUGGACAGGAGGACUCCUUCCUUCAUCCGAGUGGCCAGUGUGGAGGACGUGGAAGAUCACAGGAUAAAGGUGCAUUUUGAUGGCUGGAGCCACGUGUAUGAUUUCUGGAUUGAUGCAGAUCAUCCGGACAUCCAUCCCAUGGGCUGGUGCUCAAAAACAGGACACCCACUGCAGCCUCCUCUCAGGCCAAAGGAACCAGCCUCCUCUGCCCAUGGGGGCUGCCCAAGCCUGGGCUGUAAGAGCAUCCCUCACUCCAAGAGCUCCAAGUACAGCUUUCACCACAGGAAGUGCCCCACGCCGGGCUGCGAUGGCUCAGGCCAUGUGACGGGGAGGUUCACAGCCCAUUACUGCCUCUCAGGGUGCCCGCUGGCAGAGAAGAACCAGGGCAGGCUCAAGGCCGACCUGUCUGACACCGAGGCCUCGACGCGCAAGAGGAGCCCCAUGGGUUUCCCUCAGCGAAAGAAAUCUCGGCACCACGGCAGAGGGAGACCUCCAAAGUACCGGAAGAUCCAGCAGGAAGACUUCCAGACUAUUUCCUCAGACAAUGUGCACCAGUCGCUCUUCAUGUCCGCCCUGUCCGCCCACCCCGACCGCUCCCUGUCCCUGUGCUGGGAGCAGCACUGCAAGCUGCUGCCCGGGGUGGCUGGCAUCACAGCAGCCACGGUGGCCAAGUGGACCAUUGAUGAGGUUUUUAGCUUUGUGCAGACUCUGACGGGUUGUGAGGACCAAGCCAAGCUCUUCAAGGAUGAGAUGAUCGAUGGCGAGGCGUUCCUCCUGCUGACACAGGCUGACAUCGUCAAGAUUAUGAGUGUCAAGCUGGGCCCGGCACUCAAGAUCUACAAUGCCAUCCUCAUGUUCAAGAACGCUGAUGACACCUUAAAGUGACUUCUCUUGGCCCACCUGGGACCCUCCCUCAUCACUGGUGCUGCCAAACUGUCCGCUCAGGACAGAGAUCCCCCAGCCGACCGCAGCUUGUCCCGUCCUGCUCAUAUCCUCCCGGUGCCACACGUCCCCUCCCAGCUCCCUGUGCCAUCCCGUUCCCUGCCCGCUGCCCUUCUGCCCACCCUCGGGGGCAGGGAGGGAGGGUGGAGGUGGCACUGGCCCAGCUUGGUGCCACAGCUGCCCCACUGUGUCCUGCUGUGGGUCAGGGGUGCUGAGGGAGCCCUGUGGAGGAGUCACAGCGGGGGCUGGCACCCACUGGAGCCCCCCAGGCAGGGAAGGGACUGCCUGCCUGCAGCCAUGCUCACACCCACUCCAAGGCUGCUCUUGCCUUUGCUCAGCAGCUGAGAGAGAUUUGGGGUUUUCCCUCUGUGUGAUCCUCUGGGGCUACUUGUGCUAACACCGUUUCCAAGGAACGUUCUUGAGGAGCUUCUGCUCAUUUUGCCUUUUUCUCUGAAUUCUUUUGACUUCCCCCUUUUGAGGCCAGUUGAUGACUGCUUUGCCCCUACACUGCACUGCAAACCAGUGGCCACCUCUUGUCCCUUCGGGGAGCAGCUGUCCUGGCAGCUGCUCUGCCCAUGACCAGCACCUGUGCUUUCUUCCUCUUUCCUGGAAUUCAGCAGCCUCAGGGCCCUGCCAGGUCAGGGCUGGCUGGAUGCAGAAAAGGCUCCACUUCUUGCACCUCAGACUGUUCUGUCCAGCUCUUCUCUGGGAGAAAGGAUGCUCGGAUAACUUGUUCCCCUCACACCUAUUAAAGAGUCCUCUACAAAGGAAGUUGGGCCCUCUUUGGUCCUUGUAUUAGGAGCAGGGCCCUCUCUAGGGUGGGGACAAGUGCCAAGGACAAAAAGCAUCCAUUGCUCCAAUAGGCAGAUCCAGAGUCGCUUCUGAAGGCAUUCCUGAGUUGGCUGAGUCAAUUCUACCAAGCUGCCUUCUCCCCACUCUUUACCCUCACAAGGCACCCAGGUUUUGCUGCCUGAAGAGCAGGAUCUUCUGCUGUCCCUGGAUCCCUUACCUGCAGAGCUGAAAGAAAUCCAGCACUUGGCUGGUUUGUUUCUCUCCUUUUCAGAACAUAGAACCUUUCCAACAGGGCCACAGGCAGUUUGGGAAUGCUCAUGUAGCACUGUCCCUUGUGAUGGAGGAGGGACCAAAGGGCUGCAGAGCCAGAAAAGCCAACAUUGCUGGGGGUGCUGGCAGAGUCCCAGCAGCUUCUGAGAAGCCCCUGUGCCUCCUGGCAGGCCCCACACUGCUCUCCAUGGUCCAUCACCUGGCACACCUGUGGAGCUGUUGGAGCAGGGGCUGGCCAUGCAGUGCUGGAGGGUGGCUCA